AUGUCUGACGUUUUGCUGAACUUCAUUGCUGGUGGUGUCGGUGGAUCAUGCACUGUCAUAGUUGGACAUCCGUUCGACACUGUCAAGGUGCGAAUUCAAACAAUGGCCCGUCCGAAACCAGGAGAGAAACCACAAUUUACUGGAGCUCUUGAUUGUGCAAAACGAACAGUCGCCAAAGAAGGAUUUUUCGCGUUGUACAAAGGAAUGGCUGCUCCAUUAGUCGGAGUUUCUCCACUUUUCGCCGUCUUCUUUGGUGGAUGCGCAGUUGGAAAGUAUCUGCAACAGACCGAUCCCAAUCAAGAAAUGACAUUCAUUCAAAAUGCUAACGCCGGAGCAUUAGCUGGAGUUUUCACCACGAUUGUCAUGGUUCCUGGAGAAAGAAUCAAGUGUCUUCUUCAAGUUCAACAAGCCGGAUCUGCUCCAUCCGGUGUCCAUUAUGAUGGUCCACUUGAUGUUGUUAAGAAGCUUUACAAACAAGGAGGAAUCGCCUCGAUCUAUAGAGGAACUGGAGCCACUUUGCUCAGAGAUAUUCCGGCUUCAGCUGCUUAUUUAUCAGUCUAUGAGUAUCUGAAGAAGAAGUUCUCAGGAGAAGGGGCUCAACGAACAUUGUCUCCAGGAGCGACAUUGUUGGCUGGAGGACUCGCGGGUAUUGCCAAUUGGAGUGUCUGUAUUCCAGCUGAUGUAUUGAAAUCACGUCUUCAAACAGCCCCAGAAGGAAAGUAUCCAGAUGGCGUCCGUGGAGUACUUCGUGAGGUUCUCCGCGAGGAAGGACCCAGAGCACUUUUCAAGGGAUUCUGGCCAGUAAUGCUUCGUGCAUUCCCAGCUAACGCGGCCUGUUUCUUCGGACUUGAGCUCACUCUUGCAGCCUUCCGCUUCUUUGGAGUUGGUGGACAUCCAACACCAUCCACCGAAGUUGUUCCCGUUCCACAUGACGAGUAA